CGCGCGCAAAUCAGCCCUGCCAUCCGUGUGAGACAGCGGCUGCGUGCGUUUUCGUUCCUCCGGAAAAGUGAAGUGACAUUUUAUUUGAGAAGUAAUCACGAGUGAGUUCGCUGGUCAGAGUGCUCGACCGACAGUCAGAGGGGAUACCGUUUGUCGAAGCGAUCGACUGCCCGACGGUCACUGGAAAAUUAGUGGCGAGACCGUGAGCCGCUAUCUGGAAGGACGCAAUGGAGAGUGCGCUCCACGCCAGGGACAGAGUCGGUGUGCAGGACUUUGUUCUGCUCGAAGACAUCCAGUCCGAGAGAUUGUUCAUGGAGAAUUUGAGGAAGAGAUACCAGGAAAAUCUCAUCUACACAUACAUCGGACCCGUCCUAAUAUUGGUCAAUCCCUAUAAGAAACUGCAAAUAUACGGGGAUGAUUACGUCGAUCUAUAUCGGAACUCGAACUUCUACGAUCUCCCGCCUCACGUCUUUGCUAUUGGCGAUGCUGCUUACAAUCUCCUGCACGAGGAAGGAAGGGAUCAAUGUAUACUCAUCUCAGGAGAGUCCGGCGCGGGAAAGACCGAAGCUUCGAAACAGAUUCUACAGUACGUCGCCGCUGCUUCUCAUCACACGAACUCCGUAGAACACGUAAAGGAGAGACUGCUACAGAGUAAUCCGAUACUCGAAGCUUUCGGGAACGCGAAAACGAACCGCAACGACAAUUCUUCCCGAUUUGGGAAAUAUAUGGAUAUCGAGUUCGAUUACUCGGGAGCCCCUGUUGGAGGCCACAUCCGCCAAUACCUCCUGGAGAAAAGUCGAGUCAUCCAGCAAGCUUCCGGUGAAAGGAACUUCCACAUUUUCUACCAAAUUCUGGCGGGUGCUGACGAUGAUCUCCUGGGAAAACUCCAGUUGCGACGUGAUCCUGUGUAUUGUUUUUAUCUCGAUCAGGGCGACGCUGUUUCCACAGUUGGACAGGACGACGCAGCAGCCUUCAAAGAAGUUUGUCGAGCAUUGAGCGUCUGUGAUUUCACGCCGACGGACCAAGAAGAAAUCUUUUGCAUAACGGCAGCCGUGCUGCAUCUCGGCAAUACUGGAUUCAUCGAGGAAAACGGAGAGGCUCUCAUUGCUCAAGAUAAGCCUAUCGCAGCGAUUUCGGAGCUGAUCAAAUGUCCGGAAGAGAUUUUGAGAGCUUCGCUAACAAACCGGACGAUUGAGGCUCGCGGCGAGCAGGUCCGGAGCCCGCUGACGAGGGACCUUGCCAUAUUCGCGAGGGACGCACUCGCGAAGGCGUUGUAUGAACGAUUGUUCAAGUGGAUCGUGAAUAAGAUCAACGAUUCGUUGCGAUCGAAGGAUCCGCACAAGAAAACGCUGAUGGGACUACUCGAUAUUUAUGGAUUCGAGGUGUUCAAGAAGAACAGCGUCGAGCAGUUUUGCAUAAACUACUGUAACGAAAAGCUCCAGCAGCUAUUCAUCGAGCUCACCCUCAGAAGUGAGCAAUUGGAAUAUCGGAACGAGGGUAUAGAGUGGUCUCCGAUCGACUACUUCGACAACAAGGUCAUCUGUGAGCUCGUCGAGGAGAAACACAAAGGCAUCAUCGCGAUCCUCGAUGAGGAAUGCGUGCGCCCCGGUGGGGCCACCGACAAGUCAUUCUUGACCAAGCUCGAGACCGCCAUCAGGAGCAACGGACACUUCCUCACCUACACCAACGCCUCCCCAAAGAUCCGAAAAUCUAUCGGACGAGAUGAGUUCCGAAUCGUUCAUUAUGCCGGCGAGGUGACUUACAAGGUGGAAGGCUUCUUGGAGAAGAACAAUGACUUACUCUAUCGGGAUCUGAAACGCGCGAUGGCGUCGACGGAUUGCAAUGUCCUCAAGCAGGCAUUCCCAGAAAGCGAAUUCGCUUCGAAGAAACGUCCACCCACAGCGUUGACGCAAUUCAAGGUUUCCCUCCAAGAACUGAUGGUAGCCCUGAGCUCCAAGGAACCCUGGUACGUCCGUUGCAUCAAGCCGAACGAAACGAAAUCACCAGCCAAAUUCGAGGAAAAAAUUGUCUUCCACCAAAUCAAAUAUCUGGGGCUGAUGGAAAACUUGCGCGUGAGGAGAGCCGGGUUCGCGUACCGCAGACCGUACGAGCAGUUCCUGCAGAGGUACAAAUGCCUUUGUCCCGAAACUUGGCCAGUUUGGAGGGGCAUCCCCAGGAAAGGGGUUGAAUGCCUCGUGGAGCACCUGGGAUACAAGAACGAUGAAUACAGCCUUGGGAAAACGAAAAUUUUCAUCCGCUUCCCGAGAACACUUUUCGAGACUGAAGAUGCGCUCCAGCAGGAGAAGCAAGAAAUAGCGACCUACAUACAGGCACGCAUCAAAGGCUUCAUUGCCAGGAGAAAAUACCAGAGACUGCAGAAAACCGCUCUGGGCAUUCAGUGCGCGUGGAGACGGAUGCUGGCACAACGAGAACUCAAGCGGAGACGAGCUGCUGUUCAAACGAUUCGACGCUUCAUCAAAGGAUUCAUCACAAGAAACCAACCAGAGAACGAUGUCAACCGUCAAUUCGUGCAACAAGUGCGUUCCGAAUUCCUACGACGGGUGUCGAAAUCCCUUCCGACGUCGGUUUUGGACAAAUCUUGGCCUGAAGCACCGAGUGUUUGCAAGGAAGCUUCAAAACUUCUGCGCGCCCUGCACCUCCGCAUUUUAGUGAGAACUUACAUACAGAAGCUGUCCCCCGAUCGGAAAGCUCAGCUUCUGUGGAAGAAGGAAGCUGAUGACAUCUUCAAGGGGAAGAAGAAAUUAUACGCGAGCACGGUCAGAGUUCCUUUUGUCGAAUCUCACCUAAGUUCGUCGAAGAACCAUUUGAGAAACACUUUCGACAAGUCUCAUAAGAAUCAGCCGGACGAAAAAAUUCAUUAUUGUUUACCGGUCACGAAGUAUGACCGUCACGGCUACAAGUCACGUCGGCGCGUGAUCAUUCUGACCAACAGCGCCUUCUACUUGGUCGACGAUAAGGAUUUCAAGCCCAAACACAGAAUUCCUUACAAAGCCAUCGCAGAUGCUUGCAUCAGUGUAAGCUCUCUGGCUGAUGGCGUCAUGGUUAUUAAAAUUCCACAAGAGGAUAUCAAACACGAAAAGGGAGACCUAAUCUUGGAUUGCGGGGAGUUCCUGGUCGAAUGUAUUUCGCGUUUAACGAUACUCGCCGGGAAACGGAAUCUUGUGGAAAUCGCUCCAGAAAACUCUGCACUUCAUCACAAGCUCUCCGAUGGUAAGCAGGGCACCAUCGAGUUCCAUCGAGGCACGAAAGAGUCUAUAAACAAGAACAAAACCGGGAACCUGAGCGUAAUCUCCAUAAUUUGACUGGACGAGAAGAUGCGAACAAAUGUGAUAAAAAAAAUUCCCAUCGACAAGAUAUCCAACCUGCCACGGAGUCGAGGCCAGCUCCACUCUCUAAGAGAAAUCCCAUCCGGAAAGCAUUGCCGUUUUAUUGGCAGUACGUUAUCAAGCUACGGUGUCGCUCGAUUUCUCGAGAGUAUUUGGUGUUCUCGGAGAGAGAGGGAUGCAUUCCAGAGGAAUAGUGACUGAGUUGAAGCCGA